AUGGAAGCAGAGAACCACACAGGAAUAUCACAGUUCCUCCUCCUGGGCCUCUCAGAGGACCCAGACCUGCAGUCCCUUCUCUUUGGACUGUUCCUGCUAAUGUACCUGGUCACAGUGCUUGGGAAGCUGCUCAUCAUCCUGGCCGUCAGCUCUGACUCCCACCUCCACACCCCCAUGUACUUCUUCCUCUUCAACCUGGCCUUUGUGGACAUCUCUUUCACCUCCACUAUGGUCCCUAAGAUGCUGGUGAACAUCCAGGCACACAGAAAAGACAUCUCUUAUACAGGCUGCCUUACUCAGGUGUAUUUUUUUAUGAUUUUUGCUGGUAUGGAUAAAUUCCUUCCUACCGUGAUGGCCUAUGACCACUUUGUGGCCAUCUGCCACCCCCUGAACUAUACGAUCAUCAUGAACCCCAGGCUGUGUGUCCUCUUGGUUCUGACAUCUUGGUUCAUCAUUUUCUGGGUCUCUCUGCUUCAUCUUUUACUGAUAAUGCGUUUGACCUUCUCUGUACACACAGAAAUCCUAAAUUUCUUCUGUGACCUGUCUCCCCUUCUCAAGGUGGCCAGCUCUGAUACCCACAUCAACAACAUCAUCCUGAUCAUCCUGUAUGUAGCAACUGCCCUGCUGAGUGUGUUUCCUGUCACUGGGAUCCUCUACUCUUAUUCUCAGAUUGUCUCCUCUUUAAUGAGGAUAUCUUCCAAUGGGAGUAAGUAUAAAGCCUUUUCCACCUGUGGGUCUCACCUCUGUGUGGUCUCCUUGUACUAUGGGACAAGUCUUGUGGAAUACCUCAGCUUUAUUCUGACCCAAUCUUCCCAAGGAAGCACAAUUGCCUCAGUGAUGUACACUGUGGUCACCCCCAUGCUGAACCCCUUCAUCUACAGCCUGAGGAACAAAGAUGUGAAGGGGGCCCUGGGGAGACUCCUCAGCAGAGCAGCCUCUUGUCAUUAA